AUGCGUGCUUACUACCAAGUCACUGAAGGAGAGACACAUAAGAGUAAUUAUCGCGCAGAACUUCAAUUGCGAUGGCAUGAAUCUUACCCGGAUAAACCGUUCACGUCCCAACACCUAGCAGCCCAAAUUGCUAACAUAAAAACACGUCGACUCAUUUCACCUGACGAACUAGAGCUCAUGAAAACAGAUUUUGUACAAGCUGGACGAAACAGAAGAACUGACUCAGUCCGAAGAUCAAUUAACAGACGAAGCAACAUUCAACUGCGCCUGAAUGAACAAUCAGAUCCCGAAGGGCAACAGAUACAAGAAGACGAAGAACUGAAUGGAGAGAUAACACUCAUGUACCAGGAAAUUAAUUUAAGAUAUGAAGGAAUGUCAAUGGAGGGGAGGCCACAGAUAACGAGACUAAAGAUUGAUGCUGAAGCCAAAAGAGUAGUCCGAAAAGUUAACGAAGCACUCUCAAGCAUCCUUGAUUCCGCAGGAACGUUGGAAGACCUAUGCCACAAAAUCUAUUGCGCAGCCAGAGUUGUCACCGAGAUACAAAAUCAAAAUCAAACUGCAACUGCGCCCAAUAGACCGGACCGUGAACAAAGAGCACCCUGGGAAACUAGACUGAAUAGAAAGAUCGACUAUUUCCGAAAGGAAAUAGGAGUAUUGCAUACAUUCCUCAACAGUGAGACCCCAAGUCGAAAGGUAAUGAAGAAAACGAGAAAAUAUGCCAGAAGAGUGAAGAUUAAACUCACUGAUCCUCAGCACCGACAGAAAAUCACCGUUCAUACUGAAAUGCUGAAACAAAAAAUAGCAGCACUGGGCAACAGGAUCCGAAGAUAUCAUCAGAGAACAUUGAGGUAUAAACAAAACAACCUUUUCGCUAACAAUCAACGGCUAUUCUUCCGACAAAUAGAGACAGAGGAUACAAAACAGCAAAAGGAGACACCAACCGAAGAGAGAAUGACGGCAUUCUGGAAAGACAUUUGGUCACAAAGCGUAGAACACGAUAAUGGAGCGCGGUGGAUCGAUACCGAAAUCCGAAACUCUUCGGGCUACACAGCAAUGCCAGAAAUUAAUAUCUCAGAGUCAGAUUUAAUUGCAGUCUUCAAGAGAAUGAGGAACUGGACAGCACCAGGUAUAGAUGGCAUUCACAACUACUGGUGGAAGACCUUCACUAGUUGCCACAAAAAACUUGCAAAUCUACUUCAAAGCACUUUGAAGAAUCCUCAAGAAAUCCCCUCAUAUUUUACUAAAGGACUGACGCACAUGAUUCCAAAGAAGGGCGACCUCACACAACCAAAGAACUACAGGCCCAUAACGUGUCUUCCAUCAGCAUACAAAAUACUAACAUCUAUCAUCAGUCAGAAACUAUACUCCCAUAUUAAAAGAAAUAACAUCUUAGCCUGGGAACAAAAUGGGUGCAAGCAUAAAGCUAGAGGAAGUAAAGAACUGCUGAGGAAGGUUACCAUACUGGAGAGUGAGAAUACUGAACUCAGGAGAAUAUUGCAAGAGUUAGAAGUUGAUGUUGGGAAACAUAAUUUCGUUAUACAUGGUUCAGAUCUGUCGGAACACGGAAUUAUAAGCACCCAAUCGAUAUCAGAAGAGAUUAAUAAACUUUUGGAAUUGGACCUUGUUGAUUCUGAUUUCAACGAUGUGUAUCGACUAGGAAAUACCAAAUAUUGCCCUAUUGAAGUUGAACUAACGUCUUAUCGUACGAAAAAUAGAAUUUUUCAAAAUUUAAAGAAGCUAAAGGGAAAGAAGGUAUUCAUCACGCAUGAUGAGACCAAAAAGCAACUUUGUCUGAACUCGAGAGAGCUCAAGAAUACGCUCCAAAACGCCCGAGUAGUGCCCCAACUACCCCAAGUAUCGAGGGUGAUCAGUGACAAGCGGCAUCACAUAGGCAAGAAGACCCGCAGAACAGACCGCAGCAAUCAAGAAAAGUGA